AUGUCAGCUAUGAGACCAUCUGUUGGUGACCUGGAAAUAUCUCAAGAGCUUGCCCUUUUUCUGAGUAGUUACUGCAAAAUGGGAGUUGUGAUAAUGGAUGGGGGAGGCCUCUUAGGCUGGGAAGUGAAAUGUUGCAUUGCUUCGUUUGUUGCUCCACCAGUCCAGAAUAUAUCUGUAAGCUCUGGAUUCAUCCCAAAGGAGACGGGUGACACAAAUGCGUGGAUUAUUCAAGGUGACUUCAACGUUGCUCUAUCCUCUCUAGAGCAUUCUCGUCUUGUGGAUUCUGCUGCGGACAGAAGCGCUAUUAGGGAUUUUCAAAAUGUGGUCCGUAGCUGCGACAUGGUGGAUAUUGCACAAGUUGGUCCCUCUUUUACCUGGACAAACAGUCAGGAUGGCAAUCCCAUCAGCAAGAAAUUGGAUCGAGUUAUGAGCAACAGCUAUUGGAUUGGUCAAUUCCCGAACUCUUAUGUCACCUUUGAAUCGGGAAAGGUAUCUGAUCACAUGAGAAUGCACAUUCAGCUUCGAGAGGCACCUCAGGGAAAUUCUAAACCGUUUAAGUUUUCCCAUCACACGGCAUCUCAUCCACGGUUCCUGGAAGUAGUGAGCAGGAUCUGGAGUGAAACGGCUCCUCUCUAUCAUUCCCGCUCUGCUCUGAAGUUAUUUCAAGAUAAGCUGAAAGCUCUUAAAUAUGAAUUGCGUGGUCUCAACCGGGAUAUGUUUGGAGAUCUUCCAGGGAAAGUAAAGCACGCUUACAAUGACCUCUGUGCCAAGCAAACUGAAGCUAUGCGGAACCCUCAGACAUCCACCUUUGAAGCAGCUUCUGAUGCAUGGGAGUACUGGCAUCAUAUCUCAGGCAUCGAGGAGCAGUUUUAUUAUCAGAAGUCAAGGGAACAGUGGUUGGGUUUAGGAGAUCGGAAUUCUCGUUUUUUUCAUAAGGUUACACAGAGCCGUAAUGCGAGAAACACCAUCAGGCGCAUAGUGACAGCGGAUGGAAGAAUACUUACAUCACCCAUGGACAUCAAGGCUGAGGCCGCCUCUCAUUUCGAGUGCUUCCUCAACGGUUCACAACAGGGAGGAUCAGAAUUAGCGCAGGAGGAAAUUGCUGAUCUGGUAGACUUUAGGUGCUCCAAUGAGGCAAAAACCAUGCUUAUGCAGCCGGUGGAGGUAUCAGAGAUUACAGAAACCCUAUUCUCCAUGCCAGCAAACAAAAGCUGGUCUUUCAUCGAGAACACCCUUCGAGCUAUGAACUAUCCUGAUAUGUUUGUCACUUGGAUCAUGAGAUGUAUCAGCACAGCGGCUUUCUCGGUAUCAGUCAAUGGAGAGUUAGCGGGUUUCUUCACCAGUAGUAGAGGUAUAAGGCAGGACUGCUCACUGUCCCCUUACCUUUAUGUUAUUGUCAACGUUAUAUCGAAGCUCUUAAACAAAGCGGUAAUAGAAGGGAGUAUAGGGUACCACCCACAUUGUGAGGCCGAGACCUUGUCUCAUUUGAGUUUUGCUGAUGACAUCGUUGUCUUUACGGACGGGACUCCAGGUUCGCUUCAGGGAACUCUUCAGGUCUUUGACAAGUUUGCUGUAAUGUCAGGAUUGAGGAUAAAUAUUUCGAAGUCAACGGUGUUUGCUGCUGGUAGAGGGAAACAGGCUCUGGAGGAUGCAGCAGCCGCUGUGGGUCUCUCAGUCUCUAACCUCCCCAUUAAGUACCUCGGUUUACCCCUUUCCACCAAAAUAAUGACCAGGAGCGACUAUGAACCACUUAUCACUAAGAUCAGGAGCCGUUUUCUCUCUUGGACGAGCAAGGCUCUCUCAUACGCAGGGCGUCUGCAGCUUAUUAAAUCGGUCAUUGCUAGUAUCACCAACUUUUGGUGUGCAGCUUUUUGUCUUCCACAAAACUGCAUCGAAGAAAUUGAAAGUAUGUGCUCAGCAUUCUUUUGGAGUGGUUCACCUAACAUUACCUCAAAAGCUAAGAUUUGUUGGGAGGAGGUUUGCAGCCCUUAUGAUGAGGGAGGUUUAGGCAUUCGUCGUGUCUCUGAGAGGUUUCUAAGAUAUGAAGUGAAUGAUGGGAACACUGCUCGGUUUUGGACUGAUAUAUGGCAUCCGAGAGGUCGUCUGAUUGAGGUUGCUGGAGAGGUCAAUACGCAAAGGCUGGGCAUUAUAAGGGAGGCUCGUAUCAGUGAGGUAUUUCGUGAGGGCCUAUGGCACUUUCGCAGAUGCAGGGACCCGCAGCUCCUCUCCUUGAUUGUCGACAUUGAGGCUUUUAAGGUUUGCGAAACAGAUGGUAGAUAUGCAGUUUUAUGGAAGAGGAAAGAUGGUAAUUAUGGUCCCGAGUUUGUUGCUUCUGAAACCUGGCACCAGAUUCGACAGUCUAAGGAGAAGGUGAAUUGGAGUAAGUUGGUCUGGUUCUCGCAAGGGAUUCCUCGAUAUGCUUUCAUCACCUGGCUAGCCAUCCGCGAUAGGCUUUCCACAGGUCGACGUACAAGCAGUUGGGGGCAGCCGCAGAGCUGCAUAUUUUGUAUGGAACCAGAUGAGACUAGAGAUCACAUAUAUUUCGCUUGCCCCUAUACGUUCAUGGUUUGGUUGAAAGUAACAGGGAAUCUUUUUGGCUUGGAACCUGAUCCUGAUUGGGACAUAACGAUGACGCGUCUGCGCACUGGUUCGUACGAUCGACUCACUUUUAUCCUUCUUAGACUGGUUUUCCAAGUGUCUGUUUACCUAAUCUGGCGUGAGCGUAAUGAAAGAAAGCACAACACCAGCUACAAUUCUGUGGAUCAGCUAGCUAAGGUGAUCGACAAAACCGUAAGGAAUCGUCUCACUUCCCUCAAGUAUGCCUGCAACCCACGAUUGUGGGGCUUGAUGAUUCGAUGGUUUGAAGCACACGACACUACAACUUAG